CAGGAGGGGGAGGGUUUGGAGGGAGGAUCCCCCGCCCGCCCGUUGCCACCGGCGUCUUCCCCCCUCCCCGUAGGGAAGCGAGGUGGGGGGCGGGGAGAGGUGGGCAGCCGGACCAGGCUGGUGGGGAAGGUGGCAGUGGCUGAAGCUGGCGUUGGGGGGAAAAUCCAAAGCUGAGGAGACGCCAUGGACGACCAGGGCUGCCCCAGGUGUAAGACCACCAAAUACCGGAACCCUUCUUUGAAGCUGAUGGUGAACGUGUGCGGACACACACUGUGUGAGAGUUGUGUGGACUUACUGUUUGUAAGAGGAGCUGGAAACUGUCCGGAGUGUGGCACUCCACUGAGAAAGAGCAACUUUAGGGUACAGCUCUUUGAAGAUCCCACUGUUGACAAGGAGGUUGAAAUUCGGAAAAAAGUACUAAAGAUAUACAAUAAAAGGGAAGAAGAUUUUCCUAGUUUAAGAGAGUAUAAUGAUUUUCUGGAAGAAGUGGAGGAAAUCGUUUUCAAUUUGACCAACAACGUGGAUUUGGAGAACACUAAAAAGAAAAUGGAAAUAUAUCAAAAAGAAAACAAAGAUGUCAUUCAGAAAAAUAAAUUAAAGCUGACUCGGGAGCAGGAGGAAUUGGAGGAAGCAUUGGAGGUAGAACGCCAAGAAAGUGAACAACGACGACUGUUUAUUCAAAAGGAAGAAGAGCUGCAGCAGAUUCUGAAAAGGAAGAACAAGCAGGCCUUUUUAGAUGAGCUGGAGAGCUCCGACCUCCCUGUCGCUCUGCUCUUGGCUCAGCAUAAAGACAGAUCUACCCAGCUGGAAAUGCAGCUUGAGAAGCCCAAAUCCAUGAAGCCGGUGACAUUUUCCACAGGAAUUAAAAUGGGAAGCCUUGUUUUAAUUGUUUAUUUGAAAGAGAGUUUUCAGGACUAUGCUUUUAAAUUCCUUAGUAAUUUCUACAGUAAAGUGAAUGGUUUAGAUAUUUAAGAACAGGUAUGUUUGGGUUAGAUGUCUGGAAAUAUGGAUACAUAAAGUAUAAGGAAAGUGAAAAGUAGCACUUUUCAAAUGAUGUCAAACCGUUUUUCAGAAUGAUAAGGAUUAGUAUGGUGAGGUGUGUUACUGGAGGUGAGACCUGGGUCUUGUGCAUGCUAGGUAAGUGCUGCUUCACUGAGCUACACCCACGGCCUGUUUUUCCUAUUUUAUAAACUUAUAGUUGUAUUGAACACUUCUUCAAAGAAAAUCAUAUAUAAAUUGUUAGGGAACUGUUUUUCUUUUUCUUUUUCUUUCUUUUAUUUUUUUUCCCCAUCUUUAUUAAAUUAGGUAUUUCUUAUUUACAUUUCAAAUGUUAUUCCCUUUCCGGGUUUCCAGGCCAACAUCCCCCUAGCCCCUCCCCCUUCCCUUUUAGAUGGGUGUUCCCCUCCCCAUGCUCCCCCCAUUACUGCCCUCCCCACUACAAUCCCGUUGACUGGGGGUCCAGCCUUGGCAGGACCAAGGGCUUCCCCUUCCACUGGUGCCCUUACUAGGCUAUUCAUUGCUACCUAUGCAGUUGGAGCCCAGGGUCAGUCCAUGUAUAAUCUUUGGGUAGUGUCUUAGUCCCUGGAAGCUCUGGUUGGUUGGCAUUGUUGUUCAUGUGGGGUCUCAAGCCCCUUCAAGCUCUUUCAGUCCUUUCUCUGAUUCCUUCAACAGGGGUCCCGUUCUCAGUUCAGUGGUUUGCUGCUGGCAGUCGCCUAUGUAUUUGCCGUAUUCUGGCUGUGUCUCUCAGGAGACAUCUACAUCUGGUUCCUGUCCACCUGCACUUCUUUGUUUCAUCCAUCUUACCUAGUUUGGUGGCUGUAUAUGUAUGGGCCACACGUGGGGCAGGCUCUCAAUGGGCAUUCCUUCAGCCUCUGUUCUAAACUUUUCAUCCCUAUCCCCUCCCAAGGGUAUUCUUGUUCCACUUUUAAAGGAGUGAAGCAUCCGCAUUUUGGUCAUCCUUCUUGAGUUUCAUGUGUUCUGUGCAUCUAGGGUAAUUUGAGCAUUUGGGCUAAUAUCCACUUAUCAAUGAGUGCAUACCAUGUGUGUUUUUCUGUGAUUGGGUUACCUCACUCAGGAUGAUAUUCUCCAGUCCAUCCAUUUGCCUAUGAAUUUCAUGAAGUCAUUAUUUUCGAUAGCGGAGUAGUAUUCCAUUGUGUAGAUGUACCACAUUUUCUGUAUCCAUUCCUCUGUUGAAGGGCAUCUGGGGGGCUGGAGAGAUGGCUCAGUGGUUAAGAACACCCGACUGCUCUUCCAGAGGUCAUGAGUUCAGUUCCCAGCAACCACAUGGUGGCUCACAACCAUCUGUAAAGAGAUCCGAUGCCCUCUUCUGGUGUAUCUGAAGACAGCUACAGUGUACUUAUAUAUAAUAAAUAAAUAAAUCUUAAAAAAAAAAAAAGGUUGGGGAUUUAGCUCAGUGGUAGAGCGCUUGCCUAGCAAGCGCAAGGUCCUGGGUUCGGUCCCCAGCUCCGAAAAAAAGAAAAAAAAAAAAAAAAGAAGGGCAUCUGGGUUCUUUCCAGCUUCUGGCUGUUACAAAUAAGGCUGCUAUGAACACAGUGGAGCACGUGUCUUUGUUGUAUGUUGGAGCAUCUUUUGAGUAUAUGCCCAAGAGAGGUAUAGCUGGGUCCUCAGGUAAUACAAUGUCCAAGUUUCUGAGGAACUUCCAGACUGAUUUCCAGAAUGGUUGUACCAGUCUGCAAUCCCACCAACAAUGGAGGAGUGUUCCUCUUUCUCCACAUCCACAUCGGUCAGCAUCUGCUGUCGCCAGAGUUUUUGAUCUUAGCCAUUCUGACUGGAGUGAGGUGGAAUCUCUGGGUUGUUUUGAUUUGCAUUUGCAUGACUAAGGAUGUUGAACAUUCCUUUAGGUGCUUCUCAGCCAUUCAGCAUUCCUCAGCUGAAUUCUUUGGGAACUGUUUUUCUACUGGUAUAAAGUAGGGCAGGAUUAAUUUAUAUUUUUCUACAGACAGGUUUUUCUACACAAAUAUGUUUCAAAAUAUUGUAAAUCCAUUUUUUAUUUAUUAUACUCUUUAAGGUUAGAAUGGUUUGAAUUAAAACAUUAUUUAAAGUAGCUAUUCAAAAGUAAGGAUAUAUUUAUGAAGUUUUUUUUGCUGUUGUAUAUGAAUUAUUAGUUUUAUUUUUUAUUACUUUCUAAAUACAUAUAUUCAUUUUUUUGUGUUUGUGUCUGUCAGGGUGCAUGUGUGUGUGUGUGUGUGUGUGUGUGUGUGUGUGUGUGUGUGUGUGUGUGUGUGUGCCCGUCUGUCUGUCUGUCUGUCUGUCUGUAAAUGAGGUAGUUUCUGUCAGUGAUAAGGUGAGUUAGUUACACAGAUGACUGUUGUCUUUAAUUCCAUAACUGUCUGCAUCCUGGUGUUAUAUAUUGAGUUGGAAUUAGACAUGCAUUAAAUGUUGUUUCUAACUUUAUUGAUGUAUGAUCUUAACCAAUUUGUCAACUUUCAUUCUUCUCAUCUAUAAAGUCAUUUGCUUCUUUUAAAGAUUGUUUUGAGGAUUAAAUAAUGUGUUCCUUAACUGCUCCUUGACAUUUAUAUAGUGUUCUCUAAGUAUAGAACAAAAUAGCAUUCUUCCGUAUUCCAUAAUAUUUUGUUUUCAUAAUAUAGUAUACAUAAAUACAAUAUAUUCUGCAUAUGUCUAGUAUUUCUUAAUAUAUUUGCUAUAUAGAAUUUUUGUAUAUUUACUUUUUUUUCUUAAAAUGUUUCACUUUAAAAUAGAAAGCUCCACCAAUUAAGACUUACAGAUCCAUAGCUUGUUGUGAAUUGGUUUUAGUGUCUAAUUAUAAAAUUUUACCAAAUAGAAUUUCUUAUCUUGUGUUAGUUCUCUGGAAUUUCCAGUGUUAAUUACCCAUGAACAUGUCUUUAUAUUAAGGCCUUCAGUCAUCAUGUUUAAAUUGUCAAUUUACCUUCCUUCCUUAUUUUAUCUGUAAACGUUACCUAAUAAGGAUUCCAUAACUUCCGUGUUUUAAGUUUAUCUUAAAAAUCUUUAAAACUCUUAGUGACUUAUAUAAACUGUAAAUGUUUGUCAUUUUGACAUGGUAAAUAAAUAUUUUUUCACCUUUAAGCUAGUUCAUAUUGUUUUUUAAAAAUAUCUAAAGUAGCAUGUUGGAGUGUUCAAUUGGUACAUGAGGUCCGGAGCCCCCCCCCAGAACCCAGGCUUUUAAAACAAACUUGACAUGGUGGUAUGUGCUGUGAUACCAGUGCUGGCUGGCAGAAGCAAGUGAAUUCUUGGGUCUGGCCAAAGAGCCAGCAUAGCCCUGUCAGUAAGCCACAGGCCAAUGAGAGAACCCCAUCUUAAAAAGUCAGGUUGGGAAGUCCUUGAGGAAUGAAUCCAGAGACUGUCUUCUAGUUUCUAUAUGUACAUUAUGCAUUCACUGUUGUAGAAAAUUUAAUCCUAAUUCAGGUUUCUAUCCUGCCUUGAUUGUUCAGUUCCCAGAUAAAGGACACACAACUUUUAUUAUUUAUAAUAAGCUUUAAAUAGCACAAGGGUUGGAUAGAUGUUUACCCACUACUAGGUAUCUAUUUUUCCUAUAAAUAACCCCGAGUUUUUACUAGGUUUCAUUUGGUCUGUUCUUAACUCCAAUGGGUCAGCCCUUAGGGCCACAUUUUCAUUACUCACCUAAUCCAUGCCAGCUUCUCUAUCUCCUGGUUCUUCUCCAACCCACAAAGCUCAAGAGCCCCAAGUACUGUCUGUGUCUUUUCUACCCAUCUAUUGGCUGUUGGCAUCUUUAUUCACCAAUCAGAAAUAACUUGGUCACACAGCAUCACUUGGGUCUACGUGUGGACUUUGUCUCUGGGCAACCAGAUCUUGAGUAGUACCCUUACCAGUAUUACCAUUAGAAUACAAGCAGCAUCAGGCCAAUCUAUUAUAAUUCACACCUAUACCCAAACUAAAUAUAAUAUCAAGGGUCCAUAAAAGGAGCAGUAAUAGAAUUGUGUAAAACAGGGCUAGCUGAGAGGAUGUAGUAUUUGCUGAGCACAAGUCUCAAGCACUAAUAAAAUGGUGCUUAGUAAUGCACACUGGCAAUUUCAACACUUAGGGAGUCAAGGCAAGAGGAUCAGAAAUUCAGGGUCAUCCUUCACUCAUUAGUGAGUUUGAGGCCAACCUGGGUUAGCUGAGAUCUUAUCUCAAAGAUGGAACAAAAAUAAAUGUGUAGACUUGUUUUGCUAUUAGAGUUGCUUCUCUGAGGUGAAUUCUAGAGACACUAUGCAGUCACUUAUAACAAGGUAUAUUUUAUGGUGUAUUAAUCAGUUUCCACUAAUGAAGUGUGUAAGAACUUGGCAAUUAAGAAUCUACUCUCCCAUGUGCUGCCCCUCUCACCCCCUACCCUCGCAAAGCUUAAGAAGAUGGGGAUUGCAGUCUUUGGUUGACAUAUGUCAUUAUAUGCUCAUGAGUAAGUGUUUUAAAGCUGUUCUUAAGGGCAUGCUGUACUGAGGUGACAGAAGCUGAAAAACUAGUCAUUUUCUGGAUGAAGUCUAGUGUUUAGAUGACAGAAAACAGCCACAUACCCAGAAAGAUCUCCAUCCCCUGUUGAAAGCAGAGCAUUAUGGGAAUGCAAGCACAGAUGGCCCAAAAAAUGUUACCAUGUACACUUCUCAUUAGAGACAGUACUCUAAAACAUACAGUUUUUCUUCUUUUGCUGCUUAGUUUUAGCAAUUAUGUAGCUGUUGCUACUGUUUUCCAGUUAUCUUUCUUUCAUAGUUCAUAUAAUUAGAGAUGACAGUCUAAGUAGAAGACACAGAGCUCAUCUAACUUUCUUGCAAGUUCACUUUUCCCCA